UUUACAAUGAUAUUCAGUAACCUGUCACUUCCACAUUCGCCUUUGGUGUACUGUUUCUCAAGAAUUUAACAAGAAAAGCUUGUUAACACAAAUUUUGUGCUCUGAUGAAAAACAGUCUAGGAUGGAUGAAGAGCUUAAAAAAUUGAAUGAACAUGAUUUGCUUGAAAAGCUCCGUCAAAGGCUAUUGAAGAAUCGGUAUCUUGUUGUUUUUGAUGAUGUCUGGGACAUUGAGGUAUGGAAUGAGCUGAGAACUGCAUUCCCCAAUGACAAGAAUGGAAGUAGAAUCAUCUUUACGAGUCGAUUUUCUAAUGUAGCUUCAGAUUCAAAGGUUCAAUAUGGUGGAGAACCUCACUAUCUUCACCCACUCAGUGAGAAAGAAAGUUUCGAAUUGCUGCAGAAGAAGGUGUUUGGAGAAGAAGAAGAAUGUCCUCAAGCAUUGCAUGAAUUGGGAAUGGAGAUUGCCAAAAAGUGCUGGGGAUUGCCACUUGCACUGUUGUUGUAGCUGGAGUCCUAGCAACUAUAGAGCAUGAUAUUUUGGUUUGGGAAAAAUUUGCUGAAAGUUUAACUUCAACCAUGGUGUCUGGUACAGACCAGUGGAAGAAGUCCUUGGAGCUCAGUUAUGAGCAUUUACCAGUAUCACUUGAAGGAUUGCUUGCUGUAUUUUGCUGCAUUUCGAGAAGAUGAAAAAAUUGGUGCCAAGAAGUUGAUGCGUCUAUGGAUUGCAGAAGAGUUUGUGGAAAUAAUUGAAGGAAAGAGAUCAGAGGAUACUGCAGAAGAAUAUUUGAUGGACCUAAUUGGCCGAAACCUGGUUAUGGUAAGUAAAAGCAGAUCCAUUGGUGGAGUCAAAACUUGUUACAUUCACGAUUUGAUAUUUGAGUUCUGUAAGGGCGAGGCGAAAGAAAAGAAUUUUCUUCAGGUCCUGCCAGGAUAUGAUGAGCUCUCUACCUUUAAUGAGCCUCCCAACCUACGUCGGUUGUCCAUUUGCUCCAGUGGAGAAGAUUUUAUAAAGUCAAGGCUAUUUUGUCCGCAUUUAGCCAGACUGCUAUUCUUUGGUGCUACUCCAGGAUAUAAGAAGUUUGAGUUGCUUAAUAUCUCCUUCCUUUUUUGCAUCUACAAAAAUCUUAACGUCCUGAAUUUAGAGGGCAUUGAGCUAAGGCUGAAGGAGCUUCCAGCUGAAGUCGAAUCACUUCUUUGUUUGAGGUACUUAGCCCUUAGUGCUUGGAAAAUGCGAUUCAUUCCACCAUCUAUAGCCAAGCUCUCACAUUUGGAAACCUUUUGUCUAAAUUCUAAAGAGAAGGUUUCAUUGCGAGAUAGCAUCUGGAACAUGAAGAAGUUGAGGCAUGUGUAUGUUAGGGGUGGCGUCGUUAUUCGUCUGCCUUCCAAUGACAACGUUGUUGAAAACCUCUCCACUUUACCCAAUUUAGACACACUCUCUUGUUUGUGUCUUUGUGAAGAGGGAGAGAGCCUUUAUGAAGAGGGAGAGAACAUAUUGAGAAGCAUUCCCAACGUUCGCCGACUUAAAGUUUCCGAUCGUCAGACUGGAAAUGGAGUGUUGAACAUGAGUCGACUAGAAUGCCUAGAAUCACUCACCUGGUUGGCCUAUUACUGCUCAAGUUCAUGGGAACAUGUUGAGCCUCCCUUUCCCAUGAAUUUGAAGGAGUUGAGUCUUCGCAAUCUGGGUCUUCCCUGUAGUAAAAUGUCAUUGAUUGAAGAACUACCCAAUCUUGAAGUCCUCAAAUUAAGAGACCGGGCAAUGGAGGGCCAAAGAUGGGAGCUGAUGGAAGGAGGAUUCCCUAAACUCAGGGUCUUGACGUUGGAAGCACUAGAGGUUGUUGAGUGGAUGGAGACAGACCCUGACAGUGAUGAUUACUUCCCGUGUCUUCAGCAAUUAAAACUCUUCGGAAUUUUUAAUUUGAAAAUGAUGCCUGCUUGUAUAGGGAGUAUAUCUACUCUUGAAACAAUUAAUGUGAGUGUUUGCGGAGAUGGCGUCAAAUCUUUAGUUCGGGAAAUUGAAGAAGCACAGGAAUAUAAUGGAAACGAGAAUCUGAGGAUCAUUUAAGAAAAAUAUUGAAGGGCAUCAGCUGGUGCAAUAUCAGGGAGUGCUACAGUGGUUUUUCCUCUUCAGAUUGUAAUUGAUCAUCUGUGCGGUCUGGCUUUCUUUGAUACUUUUGUGGAAGAUGGAGAUAAAAGUUGGAAAGGAUUGAUGGCUCUUUUCUUGUCAAGAUAUGGUGGAAACAAUCAAUGAGAUUAUUCAGAUAUUUUGGUCUUUUCAAACAUGUUGGCCUAUUUAAAGGGGCUCUACAGCGUCCCACUUUAGAAAACUGCAUUUCUCUAGUUUCUAAUCUCAACUAUGAUUUGUCCUGAAUACUUGUGGUGAGUUUGAUGAGCAUGGACUUCAACUCGCAAUCUAUUUUCGCUUCUCUUUAGGGUAAAUUCGCCGUCUA